AUGGAGGCUCCAUCUCACCCCUACACCUUGCCUGCGGGUGUGCACACCAUCCCAAGCACAGAACUUGACCUCGGCCCUGAUGCCGAGAUCGACGAGCUCUUCCUGCACCCAACUCCAGUCUCCCCCGGCCAUGAUAAGAAUCUCUGGUUCUUUUGGCACUCUGGCUACAGAACCAUGCACCCCUACACCAAGAGGACAGUCAGGACGUACCAUCGACGCUUCUCGCGCAAGGGCUGGACGAUCCGCGUUCUCGACGUAGCGUCAGGCUCACCCGCCAACGUCGCUAAUUUUCUCGACGUAUCAGACCCCUCGCUCUUCCCCAAGGCCUUUCGCGAGGGCACCAUAACUGGAAAGUACGCGCUGCAGCACACGUCGGACCUCGUGCGCUUCCCGCUUCUGAACCGGUACGGCGGUGCGUACGCCGAUGUCGGGCUGAUGGCAAUCGGGGAUCUCGACGCACUAUGGGAGGCCACGGUGGGCUCGUCGGACCCGCACCCGGUCACUGGGAAGCGAUAUGAGGUGGUCAGCUACCAGGCCGGUGUGGACGACGCGCCCGACCUCACCAACUACUUCCUGGCCUCGCGCCCCGGGAACGCCUUCUUCACGCGGUGCCACGAGCUGUUCAUGGCGCUGUGGGACGCCGACGGCGGGCACACCAGCACCGAGGGGAUGCACCUCUCCCCGCUCCUUGACGGCAUCUCCCUGCUCGGCAAGGACUUGACCUCCGACACCCAGACUGCGCUGUCCGACUACAUCAUCCAGGGCCAGGCGGUGCGCAAGGUCAUGACGACGAUUGACAGCGAUAACGGGUGGGAUGGGCCGGCCUACGUGCGGGACCACAUAUACGCUAUGGACUACAUGCCCGGGUCGCAGCUGAUCAACGAGAUGACGGCGUGGGACGGCCGGCGGGCCUUUGAGCUGAUGUCGCUGCGGCUCCCUGCCGAGGGCGAGGAGGAGAGUGCCGACCAGAAGGCUGCAAGAGACAUCGUGGAGGCGUGCCUGUCAAAGAGCUUCGCGUUCAAGCUUGCCCAUGGGCUGAUCCUCGCUGUGCUUGGACCAACGCUGGGGUCGCUGUGGCGGAGCAACGAGGGGAGCGACGACGUGCCAGGGACGUAUGCGCACUGGCUGAGGUAUGGCAUGAUACACUGGGCACAGGACGAGCUCCCGCCGCCGGUGGGUUUCAAUCAAGUGGAAGCAGUGGGACAUGGGCGGAAAUCUUGA